GUGUCUCUGCCUCUCUGCCACUGUCUGUGUCUAUAAAAGUGUUUCCACUGAAAAGCUUGAGCAUUACACAAGAGUGAAGCUCUCAAGAGCCAGACUGCUACAAACAAAAACCAGGUUUGUUUCAGAAAUCCGAGAUAAGUUCAGAAGGGAGCACUUCAAAACACCUGUUUCUGAUGUGAAAAUUGAUUUAAGUAAAACAGCUUAUUCUAAUAUUAAUUUUAUGAAGAUGAAGGAGAAGAGAAUUAGAAUAAGCUGAUGAUGAUGAUAGAAGGAAGAAGCAGCAAAAGAUAGAGAUGAUGAAGAAAAAGGAGGUAGUGGUGCAGAAGAAAUGCAGGGGAAGAAACAGCAGCAGCAAAAGAAGAGGAAGAAGAAGAGCAGAGGAAGAGUAAAAGCAUCAGCAGAGGAAGAAGCAACAGCAACUGAAGCAGCAACAGAUGAUGCAGCAGAGGACAAGGAAGAAGAAGAGCAGAGAAAGCAAAGCAUCAGCAGAGGAAGACGAAGUAGAGGAAAAAGCAGCAGCAGCAGCAAAGGAAGAAGCAAUAGACGGAGAAACAGCAGCAGAGGAAGAAUCAGCAGCAGCAGCAGCAGCAGCAGCAGCAAAAGAACAGGAAGAAGAAGAGCAGAGGAACAGUAAAAGCAGUAGCAGAGGAAGAGCAGAUGAACAGUAAAAGCAGUAGCAGAGGAAGAUGAAGUAGAAAAUAAAAAUAAAAACCUGCACAGGAAAAAGAAGCAGCAAAGGAAGAAGCAAUAGAUGGAGAAGCAGCAGCAGAG